ACUGCAUGUUAGCGCUGCUAACAGUGUCCUGGGUGGAUUUGAUUUAAAAUCAUGAAGUCAUGACAACUGCUUGGGAUCUUAGGAGAAUUCUACCUAAGACGUAUGAUCACAGGACAGAGGUCCUAUCAGAAAUCUCUACGGUUUUGUCUCAGCACAGACACCUUGAGGCUGUGACAGACAGAUUUGUUUUUAAUGAUGGCACAGCGAAGAACUUGAUGUGUUUGACUGGAACCAUCAUGGUAGUAUAUAAAGGGAAACCAUACAACAUUCCUGUUUGUUUGUGGCUAAAGCAAAGUUAUCCAAGAACUGCUCCCAUCUGCUAUGUGAAACCCACCCAUGAAAUGAUGAUUGUGUCCAGUAGGCAUGUCAACAGCAAUGGGGAGAUCAUGUUGCCUUACCUGGAUGAGUGGAGACAUACACAAUGUGAUCUGCACAGUUUGAUUCAGGUUAUUAUGGCUGUGUUUGGUGAAGUCCCUCCUCUGUGCAUGCGACCAGAAUACUCAGGCUCAGUUCACCCACCAAUGUACUCAGUGGAGGAACUCUCGCAUGUAAAGCUGGAUACAGAAGAUCAUCUGUUCAAUGAAUCAAACUGUUAAAAUAACUUGAAAAUAGUUUUUUGUUAAUGUAGACAGUGAUAUCAAAAUGUACAAGAUGUAAAAUAGAUAGUUUAGAAAAGAUGAAUGAAUGAUAAAUGAACAAAAAUGAAUAAAAGUUGAAAUAAAUGAAUACAUUUUUUUUAAAAUAUAUAAAAAUAAAUAAAAUAAAAGAAUUAAAAUUUUUAAAUAAAUGUAAAUUGUCC